AUGGGUCACGAAGACGCCGUUUACCUUGCCAAGCUCGCCGAGCAGGCUGAGCGCUAUGAAGAGAUGGUUGAGAACAUGAAGGUCGUCGCCUCGGCCGAUGUUGAGCUCACUGUUGAGGAGCGAAAUCUGCUUUCUGUUGCCUACAAGAACGUCAUUGGAGCCCGCCGUGCCUCUUGGAGAAUCGUCACCUCGAUCGAGCAGAAGGAGGAGUCCAAGGGCAACGAGGGCCAGGUCACCCUCAUCAAGGAGUACCGCCAGAAGAUCGAGGCUGAGCUCGCCAAGAUCUGCGACGACAUCCUGGAGGUCCUCGAUAACCACCUUAUCAAGUCCGCCCAGAGCGGCGAGUCCAAGGUUUUCUACCACAAGAUGAAGGGUGACUACCACCGUUACCUCGCCGAGUUCGCCAUUGGCGACCGUCGCAAGGGUGCUGCCGAUGCCUCCCUGGAAGCCUACAAGGCCGCCACCGAGAUUGCGCAGACCGACCUUGCUCCUACCCACCCCAUCCGCCUUGGUCUGGCCUUGAACUUCUCGGUCUUCUACUACGAAAUCCUGAACUCCCCCGACCAGGCUUGCCACCUCGCCAAACUUGCUUUUGAUGAUGCCAUUGCUGAGCUCGACACCUUGAGCGAAGAGAGCUACAAGGACUCCACCCUCAUCAUGCAGCUUCUCCGUGACAACCUGACCCUCUGGACCUCCUCCGAGGCCGAGCCCGCCGCUGAGGGCUCAACCGAGAAGAAGGAAGAGGCAGCCCCUGCUGCUCCUGCCGAGGACAAGCCUGCUGAGUAA